UCAAUCUCAUGUACCAGAAGUACGUUGCCGAGUUGGACACGAUUACGCCUGAGCAGGUGGAAUGGCAGCCAUAUGGCGCCGAUGACAGACUUGGGUACACCCCGGAGUUUACCAUCAACCCGAUGUGCUUGCGGGAUAGGGAUCUCUGGCGUAUGCGGUGCCCACUGAUAUGCAACUGGGCUGUUGAGUUUCAUUUGCCACAUCGCGUGUGUCGUCAGUUUGGUCUGUUCCAGCCUCACCCGCCGGAAUGGGUGGAUACGGACAAAGCACUUCAUAGGUUGGACAGGAGAAGGCAGCGGAAGAUAAAGGACUGGGACAAGCAUCAUGCUUCGUAUGUUACCCGCUUCCAGCUUUGUGUGGAGGAAGCUCGUAGCAGUGCACGCGCCAAGCUUCGUGAGCAUAGUCCACUUGCUUUUGAUAACUACAUACGAUGGCUUCUUGAAAAUACUCGAGUUGAGAUAUGCCCGCCGGCAUAUAAUGAGGAUAUUCUUGAAGAACCCGUAAACUUUGAGGAUCUAUCAAAGGGGAAGUACAACAGAGAUGUCAGGGUAGGGCACGGAGUCCCUGCUGUUCCGGUGAUUAACUAUUUGAAUUGUUCAGUAUUUGUAUUUGCCAAAAUGGAAUCUGUUUCUGCAGUUUGGCAGUUAACAGCACUGCAGCGCCUGACAGUCAGGCGCUGCACUAUACUAUGCAGCGCCCAAAGCCUAGGCGCUGCACCUCACAGUGCAGCGCCCGUCCCAUAG